AGUAAAACUAACAGCUCAUGUUCCCCCGACACAUUAUUGCAUUUGAUCUCCACAAGACCGUGUGAAACCAGGAAGUCGGAUAAAGUGAACCAAAAAACUCUUCUGGGGAUUAAACAUUAACUUGAGGAAGUAUGGAAACCUAAUUCAGAAUGGAUAAAACCUCACAUCCGUGCAUUCCAAAUGGACAAGAAAACGUGGCAUUUUCAUUCACCAUGAAUAACAGCUCAAAGAUUGACUUGUUUAUUCCAACCGACCACAGUGUGAUAGAACCCAGCACCACUUCUUUACCCAAUGAAACUAUCCCUGCAUUUCCUAUUGGCAUCAUCAGCGCGCAGGAUUUACUGGAGGCAAUUUUGAGCAACUACCCAGAAUACACAUUGGCCUCGUCACUGAAUCAGUAUGGCUACCUAGCAGAGGUGGUGGUGGGCACUGUAGCAAACACUCUGGCCCUGGUGGUCAUGCUGAGCCUUUCCCGGUUGCCAGUCUGCAACUACAUGGCGGGACUAGCCUUUGCAGACCUUUCUGUGGUGCUGGGCGUUUGCCUCGUGCGUUGGUUGCACACCAAGGGUCUUGACCCUCGGAAUCAAGACACUGCCUCCUGCAGAGUGCUUACCUUCAUGGCUUAUUGGAGCUUUAGUGUCUCCGCUUGGAUAUUGGUUGCAAUGACAAUUGACCGUUAUUUAGCUAUCACUUUCCCCCUUAAAGCUCUGGUCCACUCUACCCCACGCCGUGCUCGCCUGACGAUCAUUGGCAUAAUGGCUGUCAUGGCUCUCAUCAACAUCCACUUUUUUGUGACCAUGGCUGUCAAUUACAAUAAAAAUGGAGUCACCACCACCUGCCAGGCCUAUAACGAGUACGCACACUUUGUGGACACUGUGUGGCCAUGGUUAGACGCAACAGUUUAUUCUUUCCUUCCCUUUUUCAUCCUUCUCAUUUUCAACUUUCUCAUCAUCAAAAAUCAUGCAAAAGCUCUGAGGCAGAACUCCUUUCUUAAAGGGUCAGUAAAAGUAGAAAACCCAAAUUCUGCAGGACGCAGUAAUCGCAAAAUGACAAUAACACUUUUGACAGUGUCCUUCACUUUUAUGAUCAUGACAGCUCCACGUGUCAUCUUACAGAUCAUUCGACCAACGAUCUUCAAUUUCAAACCCAAACCAAACACCACAGACUUUGAAAUCCUUGCCCGAUACACGCUGACCGCAAGCUUGACAAAUCUCUUCAUGUACGGCAACCACUGCAUCAACUUUUUCCUCUACUGCCUCACUGGAAACCGUUUCAGACAGCAACUUGUUCAUCUCGUCCGCUCCUGCUACCAGCGCAAGCUGCGCCGCGUCUUCCCAGCCAACAUAGACUCUGUCGCUACAGAAAUGACAAUUUCCAAACGCAGACGCUCGAGUGAGAGCAGCAGUCUCAGCUGGCGCAGCGACAGCAACAGAGGAAAAAACCCAGAGGUGAGCAGCAUCCACUCCACUGACACACAAAUCGCCACCAUCAGCGUGGAUGGUGCUCACCUUACUGGUGUCUACCAGGGCAAAAGAAUUGCAAACAUAGAAAAUAAACUUGUAAGUAUCAGUGAGGAGAAUGUGGAAACAGUUGAGAACAGUAGUCUUUCGGACAGACCAGAACCACUGAGUUCUGUGUGAAAACUUUUGUGAACAGAAACCAAGCUCACUGGUUCUGAAAUUCGGUUACUUGCAAUAAAUGUUCUGCGCCUCCAUCUCCAUAAUCUACAUUAUCUAGAAACUGGGUUGCAAUGACCCUACCUGUACUGUCAGGGUCAACCCUGAAGAAAAACACUUCUCCAUCAGAGAAACAAACUCGGAUCUUUUGCCUGCAGGCCCAGAGCCUAAUAUCACAAAUGCUUUUAACCCUAACAGCACCAGGCUAUUUCUAGCCCUCACUUCCCUCUGGCCUCAGUAAUAUUGGAGUAUUUGACCCUACAAGCCCAGCAAUUACUGAUUGUGUCUAGUUUUUUUGUGGACAUGAAAAAAAAAUCUCUACUGCUUUGGUUUGAGGUUUAAGAACAUAUAACAUGUGGAAUAUUUUUUAAAAUGACAAAUAGAUUACGAUAAAAAUAAAUAACUGGGUUUGAGGCGGCAAAUGUUCUGUGAGGGAAAUAUAUGUUUGUUUUAUUUUUGUUUUGUUUUAGUGAGCGUUUUGCGGCACUUGCAACACAAUUUGGUCAUAUAA